AUGUCAGCUACCAUGCUGCCCAAAGGGUCGGGGGCCCUGAAAGCCCUAAAACCGCUCUCCAAAGGCUCAAGUCUGUCCCGCUUCAAAGACUACAAAGCCGAGAAUCCUGAAGGUCGAUGGCCAACAGGAUUAACACCAGAAGCGAGGCCAUUUCGCAGUUCAUGGUGGCACGCAGACAAGAAUUAUUCUGUACCUUACACAAUCUACAAUGUUCCAAAUAACUCCGAGGCAUAUUUCAAAUGGCCAACACUCAAAAAAUUCAUGCCGUCGCUGAAUCCGCGACCAUGGCGAUCGAUCAAAGCCGGGGGAUCUGUAGGUGACAGACUUGAAACAGUCGUGCCCGGACCGACCCGUGACGCCAGACUCGAGAGACAACAUGCAUUGAUGGGUUACAUGUAUAAUGACCUGGGUGUGCUGGUUUAUGAUGGUCCGACUGAGGCACAACUGCAGAAAAUAGGCGACGUGCUGGAGGAAAUCGUGAGACAUGAGGGCAGAUUACAGAUCCGCGCAUGGCACUCAAGUACGAAAAAAGUGCGAUUCGACAAAUGGAACGUAUACCGUUUGUCAGUCGAUGAGAGCCGCCAUAUUGAUCCAUUAUGGAGGGAGAGAGGCUUCUUGCUCCCAAGUGGCCUCGACGAGCUUACCGAUUUGGCUCUGCAAAAAUGGCGAGAAGAUUGGAAGGCUGGUAGGGAGGCCGAAGGGAGCGACGGUCGUCUACCAGUCAGGUUUGUCGAAGACACCAAAGAGCUAUGGCUUCUUAAGAACGAAGACGGCAUGGGCUUGAUCAAUGAUACUAUAAACGGUCCCCGUAUCUCUUCAGUCGAUGCCUACGUCGCCACAGGACUUUCCUGGAAGCGCAUCUGCGUGAACAUCGAGCUUCACACUGUAGGUACAAAACGUUUUCUCGGCUGUGCAAACUUCGUAUUUGGGCUCAACAUCGACAACGACAUCCUAAAACAGAGAUUGGAGGAGGUUAAGGAAUUGAACCAUACCAGCCUCGAUACUGCUGAAUCACUGAUGCAAGCGCGCAAGGAAGAACAGAGAGUAUUGCGUCACAGUCUGCAAAAUAUAUACAAUGACGAAGCUCCAGUCUCGAUUGAGAAACAUGAGCAUGUCGUUAUCGAUAUGACCAGGAAGUUGUGGAGGCUUGAGCGAUUGAUUUGGGGACAGAGACAAGAGAUUAUGAGAAAGGAGGCGCAGGAAAAGAAGAUGAUCGAAUGGAAAAGACAAAGGGAGUUGAGGAAGUCUAUGAAGGCCCAGCUAAAGGCGGACGCGAAAAGGCUUGAAAGUGUUGAGAAAUUGCAGGACGUGAAGGAGGCAGAGCCUCAGAGCGAAGAUGAUGUCGCUAAAGAUGUGCACGACGAAAAGUCUACUUGA